GGUGCGCUUUUCCAAGGCAAACCAAACGGACGGGUUUGCUGAUGAGAUUCCAGGUUUCAGUCCAAGAGGUGCGAGCUGAGCAGGCACCUGGCACAGCCCAGCAUUGGCUCUGGCUCUGCCCGGAAACAGGAAAUCUGGGAAUUAGACUCUAAACAUUGGGAUUGAGCAGUGAAGGACCUGGAGCCCAGGGCCUCCUGGGCACCCAGAAGGACUCCGAGCAGCUGUGCUUGCCUUGCUCUUUCUCCCCUACUCCUCCCUCACCCCAUGCCCCUCAGUCCCUCCCUCCAGGUCCCUCCUUCCCCCUGCCUACACCUGCCCUGAUCUCCUCCCUCCUCUCUCAUCCUGUUAGCCCCCUUUGCCCUACCACCUUCCUCCUCUGUUCCUUCCUUCCCUCUUGGGGACUCCUUUUGUCCUGCUCCCCAAUCUUCCUCCUCCCUCUGACUCUUCCUGCUCCUCCCCGCUUCCCCUCUCCUGCCUUUCCCCUCCUCAUUCAUGACUCCCCACCUCGUUUUCCCCUCACCUGUCUUCCUCCCCCUGCCAUAGCUUCACUCCUUCCCCUACUUUCCACUUAGCCCUGCCUUCCCCUCCACCUUCCUUCACUCCCCUUACCUUUUCCUCCCCCUCAUUUUCCCCUUACCUUUCCACCUGCCCCCCUCACUCCCCCCUCCCCCCUCCCCCCGCAGCUCCUUCUCGCCCCUCCCACGCCCCCGCCCAUCACUGUUUGCUUUUCUCCCGGAUCCUGAUGAAGGGCUUGCCCUGCCCCUGCCCUGCCGGGCCGCAUUUCCUGCAGCUGGGGUCUUGCUUCAUGGCUGAGGGCUUCGGGACGCAGACCCCGGGGAAAGAGCCCCCGCUCAGCAUCCAGGUCCUGCGAGCCCAGUACGCAGGCUUGCGAAGGCAGCAGAUGGCCCAGGCCCACCUGGUGGUGCUCCCGAAAGGAGGGUACACGCCUGUUCCUGCUGAGUCCAUGGUCAGUCCUGUUUGGAUUAACAAGGAGAGAAGGCAUUCGCUGUCCCUGGAGGAGGCAGAUCCGGAGGCAGAGGGGAUGCUGGAGGAGGCUGACGGAGGCUGUCUCCAGGCCCCUGAGUCUCCAUGGCACACACACCUAGAGAUGUACCGCUGUAUCCAAACCUUCCACCAGGAAGCCAGUCUUCCAGUAAAACACAAGGACAAGCUCACGGGGUCUGAGCAAAGGCUCCCUCAGGAAGGAGACCCAGGCUUGUUUGAAAACAAUCAGAUGACUCGGCAAGGGACCACCAUCCUACAAACAGCCCAGCGUGAACGUCCGGUGGGCAAUGCCAAAAUAAACGCAGUGGGAUCUGGCUUAAAUAAGGACAUUCAGCUUCCUCCUUCCAGAAAGAACCCACACUGGUCUGGAAAACCAGCUCACUAUCCAUUUCCCCAGAGGAAGACUCCCCGGAUCUCUCAAACUGCCAGGAACCUGGGAUUGUAUGGCCCAGCCUGAAGUCUUCUCCUCAGCCAAAUAUCUGUUGAAACCAUCAAUGGCCUCAUCAAAGAACCCAGGAGGUGGAGCCACGACUCGGGCCUCUACCUAUGAGCAAGAACGGGACUGACUCAGUUGUAGGGAUUUUGAACUUCAUGGUGGACGCACAGUCUCGUCCUUCAAAAGAGAAGAGAUUGGCUAGGCCAGAUCUCACACGGUCUAGGAUGAAAGAGUGCUGUCUGAUCAAUGUGGCCCGACUGUGCUUGUAUAUAAAGACAUGACGAUGGAGCCCUAGAUGCCCGUUCCUUGGAGAGCUCCAGUAGGACAUCUCCGUCCCUAGAAAUGGGAAGUUUGAAGCAUAACACCGGCACCCUAGCCAAAGGAAUGCCUCAGCAGGGCCCUGGAGCCAAUGGGUGUGGGCAGUCUUGUUCUCAAUGUCUUCUGAUGAUUUCUCACAUGAUCUGGAGAUGAGCUCUGAGAAUUGCCUUUUUCUGGUUACUGUGUCUGGAGGCCAGCUCACUGAGAAGUCACUACAUUCAUUGGUAGUGACCAUACCAUUUCAACUGAGGCUCCCAAAGUAUGGUCACUGUGGGUUUAAAUAAAAAACAAAACCCUACUGUUUUGUGUGUUUAAGGGGUGUUCAGGAAGGGUGGUCAUCUCUUCCCCUUCCCUGAGACUGCACGUUCCAAUGUCAUUACAGGUGUAUUUCCUCCCUCCUUCCCUCUCAUCUCCCCUUCCUUCCUCCUUUCCUCCCUUCCAUCCAUCCAUCCCGUUUGUCUGUUUUCUCACCCUCCCUCCCUUUCUCUCACUCUCUCCUAAUUAAGUUCUUAUUAAACACUGCCGGUCAUUGAAGAUAUAUGGUUAAGAGGAGCCUGAGCAGGAGACAAGGAAAUACUCCUGCUUGGAAAAUAUGUAUCUCCCACAAACUCCUUCCUUUUCAGCCAAAUUUGAAGCAUUCAGAUCCUUCCUGGGAUAUGUUAAACUUAAGACAAAGUGAAGCAGGUGUUACUGCCUGGGUGAUGGGAAGAAAGUAGGUCUUUCCUGGUUAAUGUUUAACCUUUAAAUGAUAUUUAACCACACCGAAGGUGCCUUUCCCUCACAUCAGACAAUCUCUCUGUAGAGUUUCACUUGUAUUUUCCUCUUUUUUCCCCAAUGGUGAUCCAGUUUUGCCCGUCUACACCCAGAGUGGUUAACUAGGUGUGUCAUUAC